AUGGCUCCCAAGGCAAAGCGAGUCAUCAAGCUCCACAGGAAGAAAGUGGAGAUCUCGGAGCGCACCGGAAAGCCGAAGAGAAUCCGCCAUGAUCGGGGGGCCGAGGCGGCGAAGCGCCAAGCGAAGAUGACGAAGGAGGAGUGGAAGCGCUGGCAGAAUCCGAGGGUGGCUAAGGAGUGGUCGCGCCCCGAGUACGUGUUCGAGCCCCGCGCCGCCAACGCGAUCUACGUGCGGGAUGGUGGAGAGGGGGCUUACAGGGACAAGACGUAUGAAAUCGUCACGCGCUGGACGGCUCAGACUCAGAUCCGCUACCGUCCUCAUGCGAAGUCGCCUGGCUCGAAGAGCCACCUGAGAUAUGAGCGCUACGCCAAGGCGAAGACUAUCGGUCAGUCGCUCGCCUUAGGCAGCAAGCCGAUCGACUGGUGCUACGACUUCGAGCAUGGCUUCAUCAAAGUCGUGGGCGGCAAGGUCCGAGAUGAGCCCAUCGAUCGAUCCAAGAUCGAAAGUGAUGACGAGCUCACCGCGGUGGACCAAGCCAUCAUGCGCUGGUUCAUCCGGGAGCUGGCGAAGCGGUACAACUUGAAGGUUUCGGACUUGCGGCUGGAGCAUGGUGCAAGCGAGAGCCUCAUGAUGCGAGCCCACCGGCUCGUGGCAAACCGUCGCGCUAAGGCCAUCCUCGACAAGAAGCGCCGCAUCAGUGACGACGAUGUGGAGAACGUCCUCCAAACAUGGGCCUUUGCCAGGAACAUGGGCCGGCUGAACGUCAUGCCCGAGGGUCAAGACUGGGUCAAGUCGGACACUUUGGGCUUGCUAAGGGAUCGAAUGGGCAGCAUCCACGUGACUAAGCCGACCUCUGCCUACGUCUCCGUGGCCAAGAUGUUGAACAAGUGGUUGCAGCAGCGGCUCCCUAGCGCAGCUGCCUCCUUCAAGUGGACCUCGAUCAACCUGAACUGCAACUACGCAGCCCGGCGACACCGCGAUGCGAACAACUUCGGCCCUUCCUUCAUCCAGGCCUUCGGAAGCUUCACGGGGGGCGAGCUGAGUGUGUGGCCGGAGGAUGACAAGUCCACGGGCCUGAGUGCUUUGCCUUCCUAUGCCAAGCAGACGGUGGACAUCAAGCGCAACCUUGUCCUCUUCAACGGAAACACGGCACAUGAGGUGAAGCCCUUCAAAGGCGAGCGCUUCUCGGUGGUCUACUUCUGCUGCGGCUGCCAUCCUCAGACACCGAGGCCCGUGGCCAAGGAGCUGAAGGACCUGGGAUUCCAGCUGCCCUCUGCGACAGAGGAGCGUCACAAGCUGCUGUCGAAGCCCGAAGGCUAUGGCAAGAAGGUCACAAGAGUCCGCAAGACCGUCCUCAAGGUCUUCCCGGCGAAGAAGUGA